GGGUUGGGAUAGAGCUGGCAGGCAGUCUUUCCUCCUAGCUAUCCACAUAAAAUGUCUGUCAAGACUCUACAGCAGCGGUAAAGAAACUGGGGCCCUCCAGAAGUUGGUGGACUCUAACUCCCUUUAACACACACACACACCAGCCAGCAUAACCAGUGAUGAGGGAUGAUGGGAAUUACAAUCCAGCAACAUCUAAAGGCCACAGGUGCUCCACCUCUGCUCUAAAGGCUGCUGAAUUGUCAACUCCAGGGGCUCCUGUUAAGUCAUUGCAGUGGAAUGCUGAAGAGUGCCAACAGCAAUCCAAAAUCCUCCGAAAGAUACACAGAAUGCUUUCAAAGUGCGGUUUAGUAUCAAAAGAGCACUAGGAGACAAUGCAUAUACUUGGAAUGCUAAUGAAGAAUAUCUAUUUAAAGCAAUGGUAGCUUUUGCCAUGAGAUCUUCUAGUCAAGAAACCACACAAAUUUCCAAUGUGUUGCUCUGCAAUGUAACAGAUCGGGUGUCGUUUUGGUUCGUGGUCACGGAUUCAUCCACAAAUGCAACCACUAUUCCCAGGAGCGAUGUGGAAGCAGCAAUAAGGAUGAAAAGAAACCGAAUAAACAGUGCCUUUUUACUGAAUGAUGACACAUUGCAGUUCUUGGAAAUGUCAUCAACUUUAGCUCCACCAACUGAGCGCUCUGUGCCAACAUGGCUGAUCGUAUUUGGUAUUGUUCUUUGCAUCAUUGUGGUUGGAAUUGUUUUCCUUAUAAUAUCAGGAAUCUAUCAACACAAGAGACACAAUAAGGAGCCUGAAGAAACAGAAGGUUUAGAAGAUAAAUGUGAAACAGCCAUUGCAGUGGAAAAUGGAAUUCCUUGUGAUACCUUGGAUUUCAAAGCUGGCCAGAUUAAUGGAGUCUACAUAGCAGCAGAUGACGAACGGUUCACCCCCUUAUGAACUGCCUCCAUUUCUCUCAGGCCCCUCUUUGAGACUCUGUCCCUGUUUUAUCUAGCAAUUAAUGCUGAUUAUCAAAGAACAAGGAGAGAAGAAACUUAUGUACUUUGCUUGUUUUCCUUUGGCAAUUCCCUUGAUAAGCGUGCUCAUAAGUACACACCCCAAAUUCAAUUCUCAUCAAAAGGUUCAUGGAAAGAGCAAACAUAACUUCCAAUGUUUAAUGUCCUUUGGAUGUAUCCAGAGAUUUGAGGACAAAGGUCAUUUUGCAGCAGAAGUCUUAUUAGUAGAGACAGAUGGAUCAGUCUGUUCCUGGUCCCUAUCACUUUUGCAUAUAUUCAUCCAUAAAUGUGUUCCACCCAACAUCAAUCUCCAUUUCUUAAAAAUAAUAUAUGCACAAAAAACUUGCAUCGAAAUUGCCCUGUAUAUGUGACGUUCCCAAACAAUAUGCUUCUCACACAAUCUCUGUUCCUUCAUAAUCCUGUGUGUACUAUGUCUUUUCAGACUUUAAACCCCUUGGGUAAAAUUUGUCUCUUCCAUACAUCCUGUGAUGUAGCUUUUUAAAACAAUGAAUGAUAAAAUGCACUAUUAAAUAAAAGUAUCAAAGGAUUUUACUUUCAAGAACGGUAAA